AUGUUUGGUGACGGCAUUGACCCGCUUACUAAGUACCAGCGCCCACCAGUCCAGUGCUACCAUGGUGGCCAAUCCUUCAGGUACUGCCCAGAUUUCAAAUGUGACUUCUCUGUCACAACAAACGUUUCUGGCCCGCCACAACACGCCAUUGAAGCAGCAAAGAAGGUCUUCACUGAAAUAGAGCAUUAUCCAGAUCAAGAUGCCUGGGUUCCAAGAUGCCAUGUUGCUGAUGUUCUUGGAAUCAGCCCAUUCCAAAUCCGUGUAGGCAAUGGAGCUUCCGAAUUCAUCGAUAUUCUUUCUCGUAUCUGGAAGCCAGGAACAACAUGGAGGCCAUAUCCAAACACAGUCCAAUACUUAGAGUUCAAGCGCGCAUUUACAAACGCUGGACAAACAGAAGUUGCUGUUGAUAACGCAAACGCUGAAGUUACAAUUAUUGUCAAUCCAAACUCCGUCACUGGUGAGUUCAUUGACCUUCCACAAAUGAGAGAAAUCAUCGCUCGCGAUUCCAAAUCAACAUUCAUCAUCGAUGAGUCAUUUGUCAUGUGCUAUGGACCAGAGUGGUUCAACCAUUCUGCCAUCCAACUCAUCAAGGAGUUCGGCGACAGAGUUAUUGUCCUUACAUCAUGGACAAAGGUCCUUGCCUGCCCACUUCUUCGUCUCGGAACAGUUAUUUCCACAGAAGCAAUGACCCAGAGAAUCGCAAAGAUCCAAGCUCCAUGGACUGUCAACGGAUUUGCUCAGGCUUUCUUCGCAAAUGCCAUUCACGACACAGACUACUUCAAGGAGAUGUGGGAUAUCACACCAAAGUGGAACGAAGAGAUGAGAAAGCUCCUUACAGAGUAUGGAGGCGAAAUCUAUACAAACGCACCAACAUGGGUUCCAUAUGUAUACGUAGACUUACAUUCUAAAGAAGCUGCUGAGAGAGCAACACAACUUGCCUUCGAUAGCGGCCUUCCAGUGAGACAUUGCGACGAUUACGGCUGCCCAACAGCUCUUAGACUCGGCGUUCGUGAUAUCAAGUUCUUGCAGAUGUUAAUUAAUGUUUGGAAACAGGAUGAACAACUUGAAUCGUUAGUUCAUGCUAAAUAA